ACAAAUAAUGAACUCAUGGACAAAUUACGAGAUGAAUUAAGAAUAUUAAAAAAGGACAAGAAUUUUAUUUAUACUAAUUUCUAUGACAAGUGGAAACAAGUGUUAAAGGAACACGUGCGUUCUGAAAUAGACCAGCAGCUGUUCAAAUUAACAUCACACAAAGAAACAUCUGCUGUUGAUUUGACAUUGCCGGGUCAUCAUUAUUUAGGUCCGGGUAGUAAAUUAGAAGAGAACAAAGAACCUUCAAAUGAAAGAGACCAAAUAGCUUAUUUACAUGACUGGGAAUAUUUCCUGUCAUUACAUAAAGAGGACGUAAGCGAAGCAGAUUACGAGGCAGUAAAUAACUUCGACCGAGGAGAUCAACAACAACAACGAACAGCACCAGAUGGAGAGCAAGAAAGAAGAGAAACGAUCUCCCCUACUUCAACUACAGCAGAAUCAGAAAGAUCAGAGGAAGAUACCGCAUCCUUCAGAGGUUUCGCUUCAACAACCCCAACUCCAUUGCCAGAUUUUCAAGGAUUCAACUCCCAGAACGAGGACGGAUCGCUUCUGUCGGAUGGUUAUCAGCGACUUCUAGAGAUAAUUAACGAGUUAAAUGCCUCUAACGGACAUGAAGCACCACCAGUCUUGCGACCGCAGCGCUUACAUGUUCGAACGAGCAGAGCUGCUGAUCAAUCUCUACCUAAUAUAUCUCUUCAUAUUGACGAUCAACAUCACAUUCAAGACGAUCAUACAGGUGACAUCACCGAUUCUCAAGAUAUUCAAGAAGAACAAGAAAAUAGCAGAUUGGACCAAUUAAGUGGACCUGAAAUACCUGUUCCAUAUAUACACGAUCUAUUAAAUUCUUUCGUAGAUGAGGGUGAAGUGUGUUUCCAUCGUUGUACUCGUAAGAUACAUGUUAUGUGUGCAAUAUGAGCAGUGAAACACCAAAGGGAACGAGACUGCAACCUGUCGGUUAUGCUCCUUCGACAUCAGAUAAUAGCAGCACAGGAAAGAUAGGAGGUAAACGAAGAAGAUGGCAACCCCGAGGAGCUUUGGCGGACGAUCAAUUGACGAGACAAGGAAGUGUGGGAGGUGUUGAUACAGGAGGUACAGGUGAUGUCGCCAUCUUGAGUGCUCCUAUCGAUUCCAAUAAGUGUUACAUGACUUAUCAUAAGACUUGCAAAUUUUAUUCUAAACCUUUUGCUAGACGAGUGUUACAGAUACCUGGAACGGCUAAAUUAGAUAUCUUAACGACAUCUAUGGCAUACUUUCCAAUAAAUUUCUUGUGGAUGUA